AACAGCGGACGCACGUUCACAGCAAGUCUUUGAUCCGUUAUUGGAGGAAAAUCCGCCGAACAGGGUAGAGUCGGGGCGGGGCGUAAAUACACUGAGCCCAUCUAUUUAGGGUCAAGUACAACAUUUUUACAGUCCUAACCAGCGUGGGUUCAAAGUUUGUUUUGUAACCGGAAACCUAUCUCGGCGAAUCACUUACAGGGCGCAGAGGAACUGCUUUCAGGUUCGGUCUUUGCUUUAUUUAGUUAAUCCACAGACUCAAGAUUAAUCUGCAUGGGAUGGAUCGCGAAGCAGCUGCAAUAGCCAUAGUAAUUCGUUAGCAUCUCGUCAAGUAUCUCUUCCAGAAGCUCGUCCGUGAGUACGGGGCUGCGGUGUGGCUGGACGCGGAGAGUGGCGACCCUCUGCGGGCUGCGCUGCCGAGGCGGUGGGCGUGUUUUCUCUCCGUGUCUCGGCGUGCUAGCAUGUGAGCUGGCGCCAAGUUCUCCGCGUGAAGAAAAAAACACGGGACAAGUUACGGGCUAGAGUAAAUCAGCAAAAGUCACAUCACGCUUGAUCGGAAAAGUUACAGGCAGUGAUGGAGUCAGCCGUUAGUACAUCCACUGAAGUGCCAGAUGAGUUUGACCGCAAUGUUCCACGGAUCUGUGGUGUGUGUGGAGAUAAAGCCACUGGCUUUCAUUUUAACGCAAUGACCUGCGAGGGCUGCAAAGGCUUCUUCAGGCGCAGUAUGAAGCGGAAGGCCAGUUUUACCUGUCCAUUUAAUGGAAGCUGCACCAUCACUAAAGAUAAUCGUCGGCACUGCCAGUCCUGCAGACUCAAGCGUUGCCUGGAUAUUGGCAUGAUGAAGGAGUUUAUUCUGACGGAUGAGGAAGUUCAGAGGAAGAAGGAUCUGAUCCAGAGGAGAAAGGACGAGGAGGCACAUCGGGAGGCGCAGAAGCCCCGCCUCACAGAGGAGCAGCGCAACAUUAUCGACACACUGGUGGAGGCGCAUCAUAAAACCUACGAUGAUUCCUACUCAGACUUCUCACGCUUCAGACCUCCAGUUAGAGAGGGUCCAGUUACACGUAGUGCCAGCCGCGCUGCAUCCCUUCAUUCACUAUCAGAUGCCUCCUCAGACUCCUUUAGCCACUCUCCAGAGUCAGGAGAUCGUAAGAUGAAUCUGAGUAAUCUCUUGAUGAUGUAUCAGGAGCAGGGUAUGGGCUCCAGUCCUGACUCAAAGGAGGAUGAGGGCUCUGGUCUCUCGAUGCUUCCUCACCUGGCUGACCUGGUUUCCUACAGCAUUCAGAAAGUCAUCGGUUUUGCCAAGAUGAUACCUGGAUUCAGGGAGCUAACAGCUGAAGAUCAGAUUGCUUUGUUGAAGUCUAGUGCUAUAGAAGUGAUCAUGCUGAGGUCCAACCAGUCUUUCAGUCUAGAAGACAUGAGCUGGAGCUGCGGAGGACCAGAUUUUAAAUACUGUGUCAACGACGUCACAAAAGCUGGACACACUCUGGAGCUGUUGGAGCCUCUAGUAAAGUUUCAAGUGGGGUUAAAGAAGCUCAGCCUACAUGAGGAAGAGCAUGUGCUGCUUAUGGCCAUCUGCCUGUUGUCUCCAGACCGGCCUGGUGUGCAGGACCAUGAGCGAGUGGAGGUGUUGCAGGACAGGUUAUCCGAGGUUCUGCAGGCAUACAUCCGCACAAAUCACCCAGGGGGUCGUCUGCUAUACGCAAAGAUGAUUCAGAAGCUGGCCGACCUCCGCAGCCUAAACGAAGAACACUCCAAGCAGUACCGCUCACUCUCUUUCCAACCUGAACACAGCAUGCAGCUGACACCUCUCGUGCUGGAAGUGUUCGGUGGGCAGGUCACCUAGCAAUUGCCCACAAGUCGAGACAAGAAGCGUGGGUCAGAUGGUGUGCAGGUGGAUUGAUAACCCAUACAGAGUUUCCAGGACGAAGUUUAUGAGUGCUUGAGGGUGUGUGUGUGUGUAUGUAAGUCUAUCCCCUUAUUGCUUACAGAUCGGCUAGCGAGUGCCAUAGAUGUUUCCAUUUUCUUGUUUUAUGUAAGGACAUUUUUACAAGAAUGUAGUAUGGUCAUGGUGUUUUUCACUGUGGUGACUAAAUACAGUAUAUUUUACUGUAUCCUCAAUAGUCACCAGUAUUACACUGCAUGUGUUGUUCAUUUACAGAAUGAAUGUGUUUGUGUGUGUGGUCCUGUUCUAAACCUCUGCAUGGUCCCCAAAGCGCUGUCCACUACUGCUGAUAUCCUGUCUCUUCACCUCCUGCCUUUAAAUGCACAGGGUUGACCGUACUAAUGCAAGCACAUAGCUCUAACUCACACCUCGCCUUGCCACUUAACCAAUCAAAUGGCAGCUGCGCCCCCCUCUCCUCUGCCUCUAAAGCUUUGAAAGGUUGCAAAAUAGCUGUCUUUUCUACUGUUAUUCGCCUGUGCUGUGAUUGGGCAAUUAACUGACGCCUGUUUAAAGUAGCCAGUGCUGCAUUAGCACUCACUGCAAAGCUAUUCUGUAAAUAAGACUCAGUAUCUAUAUUCUUAACUUCCUAAAUCAGUGUAAAUAGAGUUUGAUAUAAACUCACUUGUUGCAUAUGGUAGAAUAUAGCAGAGGGAGACCCUGCAGCCCUGGCUGGUUACAAUAAAUAUGUAAACAUAUAAACUGCGAUUAUUGAAAUAUAGGAAUUUAAACCAUUAUUUGUUUUUAAAAACUGAGAGCUUUACCUCCGUUCUUUACAUUGUUGUGAAUUCAUCUUGGUAAAUCCUUUAGGAGUAUUUCCCUAUAGGUUCCAUAUGUCUCUUUCCUUGUUAUUUCUCUUUAGUCUCUCUUUAUUGUGUUACUCAUCUCUUGCAUUCCAUUAAUUUCCUCUUUUUUCUUGUUUUUUUGACAUUGUACUUUCUGAUUAAUCAGACUUUUAUCCUUUUAUAACCAUUUUAUUCUUUGUUAGUCAACACAUUUGUUCUCACACAGCUGAGAAAAUGCUUAAUGCUGUUUAUCAUAAAUUUGUUUUAUUUAAAGCAAGUUUCAGACAGGUAGGAGUUUUACAGCUGUAAUAGGGUGAACAUAAAUCAUUUGGGUCAUAUUGCACCCCAAAAUCAAAAGAAAAAAGUUAGGGCUGUCAUAUUAUUAAAACAAUUAAUCACAAAAAAUGUUUUAACGCAUUACCAAAAAAGUAGGCCUAUGUGUAAAUAUUAGGUUUGUCAAUUUAUAUGGAUGACACUUUAAACGUUUAUUUGUGUGACUACUCGUCUUGCCAAAGUAGGCUAAACAGAUUUUAUGUUUCUCAAACUGGAUCAAAUGACAGGAAAUGCAAAUAUGGAACUUACGCCUGCAAUAAUUCAAUAAUAAAACGGCAACAAUUUCCUGCACUUAAUGGAUGUGUCUCAACUGGGUUUUCUAAGAAUGGCGGCAUUUCACUCGUGGAUGAUAUUUCAAUCAUCAUAUUUGUUUAAUCGCGUGUGUUAAUGGGUUAAAGGGAUAGUUCACCCAAAAAUCAGCAUUUUCUCAUCCUCAUGUCAUCCCAGAUGUGUAUGACUUUCUUCUGCUGAACACAAACAAAGAUUUUUAGAAAAAUAUCUCAGCUCUGUUGGUCCUUACAAUGCAAGUGAAUGGUGGCCAGAAACUUAAAGGUCCAAAAAUCACAAAAGCAGCAUAAAAUUUAAUCCAUAUGACAACAGUGGUUAAAUCCAUGUAUUCAGAAGCGAUAUGAUAGGUGUGGGUGAGAAACAGAUCAAUAUUUAAGCCUUUACUAUAAAUCUUCACUUUCACUUCCACAUUCUUAAUUUGUUUUUGGGGAUUCACAUCCUUUGUGCAUAUCACUACUUAUUAGCAGGGAGGAGAAUUUAUAGUAAAAAGGACUUAUAUAAUGAUAUUUUUCUAUCCCACACCUAUCAUAUCACUUCUGAAGAUAUGGAUUUAACCACUGGAGACGUAUGAAUUAUUUAUUAUUUUUAUGUUAACUUUGUAUGCUUUUUGGAGCUUAAAAUUUCUGGAGAAUUUCAAGAAUCUACAGAGCUGAGGUAUUUUUUUAAAAAUCUGUGUUUGUGUUUUGCAGAACAAAGAAAAUCAUACACAUCUGAUAUGGCAUGAGGGUGAGUAAAUAAUAAGAGAAUUUUCAUUUUUGGGUGAACUAUCCCUUCAAAUUCGACAGCUCUAAAACAAUAUAUUUCCCCAUAUGUAAUUAACAUUUUUUUUAUUUCCAUUACUGUAAUAAAUAUAAUUCUGUAAUUAUAAUCACAAAUGUAAAAAAAAAAUUGAUUAUUUUGGCAAUAUAGUAAUGAAAAUGUAUUGUUUUUUUGUUUUGUUUUUCUUAUUACAGUAAUGAGAAUUUGUCAAGGAAAUGUGCUUAAUUUUCAAAGUGCAAAACAUGGCCCAAAAUUUAGGCUUAAUUUUCUUUAAUUUUCUUAUUAUUUAUGCAAAAUAUAUACAUUUUUCUUUUGAAUUUAGGGCAAAAUAUGACCCGAUCAUGUUCUUGUCAAGUUACACACAUUUAAUAGUUUUGUCUGCCACAUUCUCAAGGAUUGACACUCGGGGUAAUAGGACCCUAUAUUGUUCUCUCAAUUUUUUAUGGUGUCUCUAAUAACAGAGUGCUUGAUAAUUUUCAAUAUUAAUGUUGUUACCUUUAACAACUACAGUGUUACCUGUACAUGGUACCUAGGUAUUUUCAGUCAUUUGUUGGCAUUGGAAGUUUCUUCAAAGCAUACUCUACGUUCAACAUACUGUAACACAGCUCAGCACAAUAUUUUCAUAUGCUGGUUGUUAUUAUCUAAACAGUAAUUAGAGACACCGAUUACCAUGUCAGGCAUAUUAUAGAAUUUUAUGCAUGCCUAUGGACACUGUACUAAAAUAACAUUAGCCACUGCCUGUGUUGUGUCCAUUAAACCAAACACGACUGCCUUCGCUUGACCUCAGCUUUUAGUUUAACUUAUGCUUUUAAAAUGUGCUAAAUUCUUGGGUUUGGGACAUUCUAGGGGGCGUUACAGCCAAAGUCCUUUUAUCCACUGUGUUUGUGAUAUUUGUGAGACUUUUGUCAAGGGCUAUCACAGAGCUAAAGUGACAGAGCCAUAUCUGCUACUUUGUAUAUCUCAUUCACUCUGUUUCUCCAUGAAACUCAACUUUAAUCAUGUCUGAUUUGUACAGUAUGAAGAUUCUCCUCUGUCGGGGCUCAGGGUCAUUAGACACACUUUUCUGUGGUAUGACUUUGAAAGUUAAUCCUAGCUAAUGAAGAUUGUCUUUAGGUGAGAGUGUGGUGUCAGAACUGGGUCGGUGAUUUAAUGAUCAUGUAAGCUGAAUUUAACUACCUGGAAACUGUGUACGCUCGGUAGGGCAAGCGCAGUGUGUGUGUGUGUGUGUGUGUGUGUGUGUUUUGUUGUGUGUUUAUGAAGCGAGGGAGGCGAUGUAUAGCAUUUAUCUAUACACCAAGUAUAUUAUAAUAUUACUGGGCAUUGCAUAUUUGGCCCAGUCUAGAUGAGUAGUGUGCGUAUGUGUUAGAAAGAAAGUUAUCGUUUCCUCAGAACAUAGUUGUUAUUACUAAUAAAUAAUUUAGUCAUGGCACUUAAGAUUUAAUGAUAUGGAAGGUUUGCUAUAAAUAUAUGUACAGUUGACGUAUGACGUUUACAUACACUUAGGUUGAAGUCAUUAAAACUCUUUGGUUUUUUUUUACCACUCCACUGCUUUAAUAUUAGCAAACUAUAGUUUUGGCAAGUUGUUUAGGACAUCUACUUUGUGCAUGAAACUAGUAAUUUUUCCAACAAUUGUUUACAGACAGAUUGUUUCUCUUUUAAUUGACUAUAUCACAAUUCCAGUGGGUCAGAAGUUUACAUACCCUAAGUUAUCUGUGCCUUUAAGCAGCUUGGAAAAUUCCAGAAAAUUAUCUCAAGCCUUUAGACAAUUAGCCAAUUAGCUUCUGAUAGGAGUUGUACUGAAUUGGAGGUGUACCUGUGGAUGUAUUUUAAGGCCUACCUUCAAUCUCAGUGGGAAAAUCAAUUGACAUCAGCCAUGACCUCAGAAAAAAGAAUUGUGGACCUCCACAAGUCUGGUUCAUCCUUGGGAACAAUUUCCAAAUGCCUGAAAGUACCACGUUCAUCUGUACAAACAAUAGUAAGCAAGUAUAAACACCAUGGGACCACGCAACCAUCAUACUGCUCAGGAUGGAGACACAUUCUGUCUCCUAGAGAUUAAUGUAGUUUGGUGCGAAAAGUGCGAAUCAAUCCCAGAACAACAGCAAAGGACCUUGUGAAGAUGCUGAAGGAAACAGGUAGACAAGUAUCUAUAUCCACAGUAAAAUGAGUCCUAUAUCAAACUAACCUAAAAGGCUGUUGAGCAAGGAAGAAUCCAAUGCUCCAAAACUGCCAUAAAAAAGCCAGACUACAGUUUGCAAGUGCACAUGGGGACAAAGAUCUUUUUGGAGAAAUGUCCUCUUGUCUAUUUAAAUAAAAAAGUAACUGUUUGUCCAUAAUGACCAUCGUUAUGUUUAGAGGAAAAAGGGUGAUACUUGCAAGGGAAGAACACCAUCUCAACCGUGAAGCAUGGGGGUGGCAGCAUCAUGUUUUGGGGGUGCUUUGCUGCAGGAGGAACUGUGCACUUCACAAAAUAGAUGGCAUUAUAAGGAAGGAAAUUUAUGUGGCUAUAUUGAGUCAUCUCAAGACAUCAGCCAGGAAAUUCAAGCUCAGUCGCAAAUGGGUCUUCCAAAUGGACAAUGACCCCAAGCAUUCCUCCAAAGUUGUGGUAAAAUAACUUAACAACAACAAAGUCAAGUUAUUGGAGUGGCCAUCACAAAGCCCUGAUCUCAAUCCGAUAGAAAAUGUGUGGGCAGAACUGAAAAAGCAUGUGCGAGCAAGGAGGCCUACAAACCUGACUAAGUUACACCUGUUCUGUCUGGAGGAAUGGGCCAAAAUUACAGCAACUUAUUGUGAGAAGCUUGUGGAAGGCUACCCAAAACAUUUGACCCAAGUUAAACAAUUUAAAGUCUGCAUGUAACGGAAGUUUCGACCGACUUCAGUAUCGUGACUUAUUUCUGAUUGAAACUGAUUAUUGAACUAGAAAAAAUAUAGGCCAGAUCUUGAUUUUAUCCAUUGGGAAUUGAUUGGAUAACGACAGAUAUUUCACAAACCCCAAUUCAAUUUCUGUCCAUUUUUGAAGCGUUCAAGGGUGAAUUGCCUCGAACACAACCGCAACCUCUCUGAUAUCCCUCCUUCUUUGAAAUGCAAAAAAAUCAAGCCAUCGGGCACACAACCAGGGUAUUUGGGGGACUGGGAAAAGGGUUUUGGGAGAGCCACAACCUAAAGCUCACCUCCUUGCAUCUGUUUGUUAUGCAUCUUUUUUACUCGCUGUCAAAGCUCAAAGCAGACUGGCGGUUGGAGGGGAGUGGUUAAAGGAUGUUCUGCUCAAGACGUUAUCAGAGAAGGAAUGUUAUUCCAGAGGCGAAGCUAAAAUAAGAUUAUGAUUGAAGAUUACGAAGACAAUUUUUCUUUCUGUGGAUUAACUUGCACGGAUGAAUUGUUCACCACAAGAUUAGUAAUGUGCGCUAACAAAGUAAAUAGGGUCAAUUUUGAUUACAUGCAGACUUUAAAAGGCAAUGCCACCAAAUACUAACAAAGAGUAUGUAAACUUCUUACCCAUUGGGAAUUUGAUUAAAGAAAUAAAAGCUGAAAUAAAUAAUUCUCUCUACUAUUAUUCUUACAUUUCACAUUCUUAAAAUAAAGUAGUGAUCCUAACUGACCUAAGACAGGGAAAGUUUUCUACGAUUAAAUGUCAGGAAUUGUGAAAAACUGAGUUUAAUUGUAUUUGGCGAAGGUGUACAGUAUGUAAACUUCUGACUUCAAUUGUGUGUGUCUAUAUACAGAUCAUCCACAAAAUUUAAACCACCUGCAGUUAUCUGAGUUACCGUAGACUUUGUCAGUUCAUACCCGUCUGGCCAUUCUCUGUUGACCUCUCUCAUCAACGAGGCGUUUCCAUCUGCAGAACUGCCCCUCUCUAGAUGUUUUUUUU